AUGACAACAAUGGCUAGUAGAACUCGGAAACGUAUUAAACUAUCAAGACAACUACAUUUACCAAAUAUUGAUUUUAACACAAAAUGGUCGCAGAAUGGUGUAACCGUGGCAGGAGGUAAUGGUCCUGGUAGUGCAGUUAAUCAACUAUAUUAUCCAUGGGAUAUGUAUGUAGAUAAUGAUCAAACUAUUUAUGUAGCUGAAUACUCGAAUCAACGUAUUACGGAAUGGAAGUGUGGUGCAAUGAAUGGUCAAGUUGUUGCUGGUGGGAAUAAACAAGGAAAUCGAACUAAUCAAUUGAAUGGUCCAGCAAAUGUAAUUAUCGAUAAAGAAAAUGAUAAUAUUAUCAUUUGUGAUCAAGGAAAUCGACGAGUUGUACGAUGGCCACGUCGAAAUGGCAAACAAGGAGAAAUAAUCAUUUCAGAUGUUGAUUGUUGGGGUUUGGCCAUCGAUAGCAAUGGAUACUUGUAUGUUUCAGAUUAUAAAAAACAUGAAGUGAGACGAUGGCAUCCAGGAGAUAUAUGUGGGACCGUGAUAGCUGGUGGUAAUGGAAAAGGUAAUCGUCUCGAUCAAUUCAAUUUUCCUGCUCAUUUAUUUGUCGAUCAAGAUUAUUCACUGUACGUAUCAGAUAUUGGUAACCAUCGUUUGAUGAAAUGGAAACAAGGUGCAAAAGAAGGUAUUGCUAUCGCAGGUGAUGGAUGUGAAGAAAAUGAUCGUAUACAAUUAUCAUAUCCUUCUGGAAUAGCUGUCGAUCACUUAGGUACGGUAUAUGUUGUAGAUUCUCACGAACAUCUAGUAAUGCGUUGGCUCAAAGGAGCAACACAAGGUAGUAUUAUCAUAGGUAGCAAUGGACAAGGAACAGAAACAAAUCAAUUGAAUGGUCCUGUUGGUCUAUCAUUCGACCAGCACGGUAAUAUUUAUGUAGCCGAUAAUCUGAACCAUAGAAUACAGAAAUUCCAUAUUGAUUCAACUUGAAACUUAUAAUUGUUGAGAUCCAAUCUCGACGUGCUCUCUUUCUUCAUAUCAAUCAUUCUUAUAAUUGAUUUCAUAGACAUUUAUUAAAACCGUCGUAAUAUUUCACUCGAUCAAUAUUUUGAUGUAUCUUCAAUAAUUGUCGUUAGUUUUACGAACAUGAUCAAUAUCAUUAUUUUGAGAAGAUUCUACGAAUAAGAAGUAAAAUUGGCAUCAGUGACUAGUUGAUCUAGUUCGAUCUAACGUUCUUAGAUAGGUCAGAUAAAUCUAUACUCAACAGUUCACAGCAAUUUUAUCAGUUCUGUAUCAUUCUUGAUAAAGAAUUCGAAUAAGGAUUUGUAUGCUGGUCUAAUACUAUUCAUAACUUCGGAUGAACAACUGAUUUUGUCUAUUGUUCUCAUUGCGUCGUCAGAAGUGAUCAAAGCAAUACCACAUGAAGACUACUAAAUUUGAAAUUAGAAAACAUAAUAUAACCAUCAAAUAUAUCUUCAAUAAAUCUUAUUUACACUGUAAGUCAGAGACUGACGGGACAAUGGGAAACUGUUUCUCGUCCUGUCCCACGUCCCGUCUCAGUCAAUCCCAUGAGCAUCUUUUUGCCACGAAAACAUGACGAAUAGCUGCGACCAUCCACUUUGCUCGGCGUGAAAUCCAUGUACAAAUACGAAUUGAAAACAAUUGCUUUCAAGAUUAACAAUUGUGACCAAAAUGAGACAGCAUGAACAACUAUACGCUUACGUAGCUAUAUAUAUAUACAUUGCAUUUUCUAUGUCAGACGAAUUAUAUUAUG